AUGGUCGACGAAGUUUCUCUCAAGACGGACAACGACAGGGACAGAACCACUCCAUCGCCCCGGCCUUACGAUGAGAAGAACCCGGAUAUCGAGGUCGUGUCCACCGGUCCCGAUUCUGACUACGAUGAUGCUGCUAAGAUAUACGUGCCGGAGGACAAUGAAGAGUUUGUCGACCCUCGUCUGAAGGACUAUCCGGUCCCUCUGGUGGCGAAGACGGUUGACUUGCACAAUGACUUCAACCAGCCUAUUCUCACGUUCCGUUUCUGGUUCCUGUCCACCUUCUGGGUGGUCAUUGGUUGCGCCAUCUCGGCUAUGUACUACUUCAAACCAUACUAUCAGACUCUUAGCUCCUAUGCGGUCCAGUUGCUGUCGUGGGGCAUGGGAGAUGCAAUGGCCAGAUACCUCCCCAAAAGCACAUUUACCAUUUUUGGAAAAUCAUUCAGUCUGAAUCCAGGGCCAUGGAACGCAAAGGAGCAUGCCUUGAUUGUUGUUGCGUGCUGCGGUUCUUGUUAUGCUGCCUAUGGUCUUGGACCGCUGUCAGCACUGGAAUUGUACUAUGGCCGCAAGAUCAACCCUGGCUGGGGCAUUCGCUUCUUAUUGACAUCCCAGAUGAUUGGAUACGCAUUCACUGGAAUAUACCGUGAUAUCUUGGUCCGCCCACCCAAGAUCUAUUACCCCGGGGAAGAUGGCUUCGGAAUGCUCGACGUGACACUGGAUUGGAACUACGCGAGCUUCCUCUCCCCUCUGUACACGCCGCUAUGGGCCAAUGCGCACCAGAUCGCUGGGGCGAUCUUCUGCUGCUGGCUCCUCUACCCGAUCAUGUACUUCACCACGAUCAACUCGCAGAAUUAG